CGUCUUCUUUUCUUUCUUACUCUUUUGGCACAAUUGUUAUACUUCAUGGCUUUUAAAGGAUGGAGUCGUUACUGAUCUCCAAGAAACUAAAGAUGCUUUGGUAAGAGCAUCUGAUCUACCCCUUUUAGUUCUAAUUGUUGGAGUGGGUGGUGCAGAUUUCAAACAAAUGGAGGAAGGGUAGCUACACGAGAUAUUUUGUAGUUUGUUCCAAUGCGUGAAGUGCAUGGUGUGAAUUAGUGUUGGCAUCUAAAAAAUGUUUCGGUUCGUCAUGGUACUGAGAGGUUGCCCUGUUGUCUUCGUCGAUACUUUGAUGCAAAUGGUUCUAGCACUUGGGUUCUCCUGAGACAUGGAUUGAAAGCUUGGGGAGUAGAGAUUGUUAAUCAUGAAUUUCGUGAAGUUUGGGAUUCUUUCCGUGUAGCGCAUGACUUGCAAGUGGACUAUAAGCUUAUUCUGGCAUGUGAGCAUAAGUGGAUCUUUCAUAUUAUUAUGUUUGAUAGAGAUGGUCGGGAACUUGUGUUUGCUUGGUCUGGUCCAAAUGCGCACUGCCAAGAUUUGCAUCCUCCUUUGGGAAUUUGAAACUCGGCUUGAACAAGCCUUUGAGGUUCUUGGACUUGAGCAAAUGAUGAUUAGGAUGGCUAAUCGUAGUUGGACUAUACCAAUUGAGAAUCUGUACCUCAAUGUUGAAGCGUUCAAUCAGUUUGUGGAUGCUUCUAGUUUGCAGUUUCUUGAUUACCUCAUGGUUCCCGUGUUGCCCACUGUCAUAUUCCGGGACACCUGGCGUCAUUUGGCUAUCUUGCGGGACUCGCGAUGAAUUUUGGCUUUUGAUUUGUGCUGCCUCCUUUGUUACGCUAGAGGGUGUUGGUAGCUUCC